AUGGAUGAAAAAUCUAUGGAUUUAAAGAAAUCCUAUAAUAUGUUCUUGGAUUCAACAUAUAACAAGUUUGAAUUACCAAUAUAUGUGUAUAUUUUAAAGUGUUUGAUGGGUGGUUGGUUUGCGGGAUUGGGAGCACAUGCAGCAGGUUUAUUGGCCUCUAGUUACUAUAACCCAGAAGCAGGCCUAUCUUCAUGUGGAAAUUGUAAAUUGGCCUUCGGAAUUAUUUUUUCAGGAGCACUACUUUUGAUAGUAUAUACUGGAACUGAUCUCUUCACCAGUAACACAGCAUCGUUUACCGGUCUAGUCCUUUCUAAACGUAUCUCAUUCCCCAAAUAUAUAGGAUACUUAGGUAUAUCCUUAUUAGGUAACUAUCUCGGCGCAGUAAUCUCUUGCUUCAUCCUCACUUAUUUAUCUGGCAAUUUUUAUUUUAAGUCUGAAAACAAUUCUGCAGCUGCCAGAUGGUUAUCUGAGCUGGUUAUAUAUAAAGUAUCUCAUGGAUUCCUGGAAUGCAUUGUAUCAGCUAUUGGUUGCAACAUAUACGUGUGUUUAUCAGUUUGGAUAGGAUACGUUAUGGGUUUCAGUGGCAACGCAGUUUUGACACAGAUUUUACUAAUUACCACAUUUGCUGUUGCAGGAUUUGAGCAUAUAGUAGCAAAUUCUUACAUUGUAAAUUCUGGACUCAUGAACAAUUCCGGUAUAACUUUGUACGGCGCUUACAUAAGGAAUCUCUUGCCCACACUCAUUGGCAAUUUUAUUGCAGGAGCAGGUAUUAUAGGAUUGUCUCUAUAUGUGUUUUACGGGACUAAAAUGCAUUGUGAUUCUCAUGAUAUAGAGGAUAAGUUUGGAGAUUAA